AUGUCAGAUUUAGCUAGAGUUUCUGUUUUAGCAAACCAACGUAGCGAAUUUGAGAAAAUCAAAUAUCCAAUGUUAUUCAAGAUGGCAAAGAAAUCGGUCAAACAAAUUAACAAAGAUCCUAUUCAAAUGUUGAAAGACAACUUUGACCAAAGUGAUGACUUAAAUGUCACUAUGGCAAUUAUUGAUAUGGAAAUCAAAGAACUUAUUGCAAAGAAUGAAUCAUCUGAUGCUAAAGGUGUACUUUGGAUCACCAUCUGGAAAUUUUUAUAUUCCAAAGUUCCCCAAGACUAUGUCAACAAUUACAAAAUAUAUGUCAGAAGAACAUAA